GGAAUAAAUAUCAUAUAUAUCAAUACAUUGGCCUGAUGUAAGCUAAUAUUAUCAUACAAGAAUACAAACACAUAUAACUCAGUUUUGAAAUGUAAUAGCGUGAUCGGACUGUGUACUCGAAGAAGUAGGUCAAAACAAAAACAUGUAGAUAACAAUUGUUUUAUAACUAUCCUGCGUAUCCAGACUAACAAUAUGAGGCCAGACAUGAAUGAAAGGAACCCUAUUAUGGAUGACACAGAUGAUAUGGAAGAUGACCCAAAUGAUGGCCAAACAGAAACAUACAGUUAUGAAGAUGCUUUAAAAUUGACUGGUUAUGGCAAGUUUCACAUGCUUGUGCUAGCACUGAGUGGCUGGGCAGUGUCCAGUGAUGCAGUCGAGGUACUUGCAAUAUCCUUUGUACUGCCCUCAGCUGAAUGUGAUCUCCGCAUGUCCAGCUCUGACAAAGGAUUACUGAAUGCCCUCCUCUUUGUUGGUAUGAUGAUUGGAGGGUUUUGCUGGGGUACUCUUGCUGACAUUAAGGGAAGACGUGGCAUUGUGAUAUGGUCACUCGCAGUCAAUGGAUUAGCUGGCCUGGGCUCUGCCUUUGCUCAAUCAUACUGGCUUUUCCUUCUACUACGCUUUAUCAGUGGCAUUGGUGUUGGAGGCAGUAUACCAGUGGUGUUUAGUUACUUCUCAGAGUGGCAGUGUAAGGAGAGGAGAGGUAGCAUGAUCAGUCUUCUUUCAACAUUCUGGAUGUGUGGCAAUGUGCUUACUGCAGCCAUAGCAUGGGCAGUCAUCCCACACCCAAAUCUUGGAUACUUCAGCUCUACUUUCACUUUCAACAGUUGGAGGAUCUUUGUAGUCCUAGCUACAUUCCCUGCCCUUACAGCAUCCUUGUUAUAUAUAUUUAUGCCUGAAAGUCCAAAAUUUCUACUCAUGCAAGGAAACGAUAAAGCAGCUCUUGCCAUCCUGGCUAAUGUCUACCAGCGCAACAAGGGAACACAGAAUCAGUAUCCAGUAGAGAGGCUAGAAAGAUUCAUGUAUGAGGAUGAGUCUGAGGCAAAGUACACAUUGUUAAAGAUGAGGGGCAACUCAUGUAUGCAGAUGUUCAGGAGAAUGCAGCAUACAGUUAUCAAGAUAUUUCAAACAGCCAUCACUAUGUUCAAGCAGCCAUACACACGUAGCUCACUUAUUAUGUGGUUCAUUAACUUCAGUAUAUGCUUUGGGUACUAUGGAUUGUUUCUAUGGUUACCAGAGCUGUUUAAGAGAUUAGAGCUUGGUGAGGGAUCUGUUUGCUACACUCCAAGUGCUAACACAACCUCGCAUAAUUCAAACUCUACAUGUACAGAUGCAGGACUUGACACAAAUAUAUAUUCAGAGAGUAUGCUGACUGCCUUGGCAAACCUACCUGGUAACAUACUCACUAUUUUCCUCAUGGACAAAAUAGGCAGGAAAAUAUUAUUGACAUCUAGUAUGAUCAUCUCAGGUGUUAGCGUCUUCUUCAUCUACCUCGUCCACAACAAAGUUGAAAGUCUUGUGAUGUCAUGUGUCUUUAGUGGUUUCUCAACUAUAGGCUUUAAUGCCAUCAAUGUAGUUCAGGUGGAGCUCUAUCCAACACAGUUAAGGUCCACUGCAUAUGGCAUACUAACUGGAACAUGUAGAAUUGGUGCAAUAGUUGGGAAUCUUAUAUUUGGACAGUUAGUAGAUGUAAAUUGUGCUGUCCCUAUGUUGAUGGUGGCUGGUCUGCUGUCUUCAGGAGGCUUAAUGGCUAUAAAAUUGCCUAAUAAGACACAACAAGAUAUCAACUGAAAUAUAUUUUGCUCAAAAUAAAACAUAUGAUUAUGUGAAUUAUGUGAACAAACACUGAAUAUUUUGUUCAUAUUUAAUAUAUGGAUACUCAUAAGAAUGGCUAGUAGCAUUUUAAUAUUUUUAUCCCAACAAAAGUUCUGUAGGGAUAUUGUGAAGCCAUUCAUCUGUCCCUCAGUUUGGAAAAUAACUUCAAUACUAGAAAUCUAGUAGCUCUAUUAUACUCAAAUCAAAGGCAAUUUAGAGUAGAUUUCAAAUAUUGUAUCAUUUUUCUGAUUCGGACAGGAUAACUAAACCACAACGUACAAAAUUUCCCAAAACACGACUCAUAUAUUUACCAUGAUAGUCCAUUAAUAGCAGUAGUAAAGUCUAUUUAUGUCUCACACACUAAAAUAUAUAGUAACUGUAUGAGAGGGUUGUCCCAGAAGUAAUGCACUAUAUGCUCUAACUUUAUCAAUAAUU